CUAACGCCUCUUCCCCCGCAGGUGUCCUCCUGGAUAACCCACGUGAUCGUGUCGCAGCCGACCCACGAGGACAGGAAGGCCGUCCUGUCCUGCAUCCUGCGCGUGGCCCUGGCCUGCUGGAACAUGGCCAACUUCAACGGGGCCAUGGAGAUCCUCACGGGGCUCAAAUCCGAGAAGCUGAAACCCUUCUGGCUGAGUCUGGAGAACGAGCACCUGCCCGUCUUGGACUUCCUGACGGAGGUGCUGCUGGGGGAAUGUCGCGCCAAGUACGAGGCCGCCCUAGACCGCGCCCUCCACCUUCCUGAGUGCCGGGUGGUGCCCUUCUUCGGGUACUUCCUGAAGGACCUGACGAAGAUCCUGCAGUCGACGCCGUCUCUCGUCGUCCUCGCCGAAGACGGACAGGAGGUCGAGUUCAUCUCCGACUACUGUGGCGAGGACGGUUUCUUCACGCGCAUCGGGCCGGGCGGGCUGAUCAACAUGACGAAACUUUACGACGCGCAGACCAUUGUAGAAAGAAUCGCCACUUUCCACCAGCAUUAUGUGGCCAGGUCGCAUCACUUGGCCCAGACCAUGUUGAAGGAUUCUUUGAGCAUGGUGAGCACAGGAGACCAGGAGGACGAGGCGUGCACCGGGGAACUCGAGGACUACCGCCCCGUCCAGCCGCUGAGCAACGACCACGGGGUCACCCUCAUACCGCUGCCCAAGUCCACGGUCGGCCUCAAUCUCCACACGCUCCAGAUCCUCCACCAUGGCACCACCGUCGUCUACUGGGACCCCGAGAGUGGGCGCAGCUGCCUCGUCUACCUUCGUCUGGAGCGCUGCAACGGGACACUCACCUGGUGCCGUCCUCCCUGGUCAGCCCUGAAGACCGGCCACUCCUCCUCUCAACCGGACUACAUCCUCAGUGCUAAUCCGGAAGACCUGGUGUCUCCCGGACUCCUCCUCAAGUAUUCCACUUCUCCUGAACUGACCGGGGGAUCGCCUGAAGAGGGAUUCGUACAAAUUGCUUGCCUGAAGGAGAUUGAACCUGGCUCGCGUGACGUGAACUGUUCAGCUGUUGCCAGAAGAUACUACCUAGACGGGCCCAUCAGCUCCGACCACUGCGUCACGCUAGUCUACGGGGCCAACCUCGCCGAUAAUCGACUCAUGGUCUUGGUGGCACCUCCUUCCGUCGCUAAACUCUGGUGCCAAGGAUUGCAGGUGUUGGUUCGAGCGCAGAGAAGACUAGCAAGCAUAAGUGACAAGCGCCUUUGCUGGCUGAAGGAGCAGUAUCUGAAGCUCUACUUUGAGGACGAGGGAUGCAGUGGACCCAAACCUGCUGAGGCAAUUAAGAUUUUCGGCGGGCGGAACUGGGGCACCUCGACCGUCGGCGGGAGUAUGUCGCCCCAGGACCCCACGGCCGCCAAACGGGGCUCGGGCUCCACCAAGAUCAAGAAGCUGAAGCCCCAAGCCACCAUGAAUAUCGCCAAGGACGGCGCGAGAGUGAGCGAGGAGCUGCGCGUCGCCCCCUCGCCGGCACUCUCCACCGCCAGCAGGAGGACGAUCGCGCCGCCCGUGCACCCGUCGCCGCCGCGCUCCAGGUCCUGCGACACGACGGCGGAGCACCUGAUCGGGCCGGCGACGCACCCGCCCAUCCUGCAUUCCCCGGGCCUGGCCAGAGCGUCCUACGACCACGCCACGGGCCUGCCGUCUCCCUCGCAGCAGAAUAUUGGGUACAGGGAACGCAGUCGGUCGGGAGGAGCUGGCGAAUUCAUGACCGUGACCCCGCGCGGCGUGAGGGGAGAGCCCAUCACGCAGGCGGCGGCGCUGGACUUCACCGACUUCGUGGUGCUCUACAAAUCGUUCAGUCUGCGCGCGAGAAUCGACCUGAGGGAGUUGUUCAGAACGCUCGCCAUCACGCGGAAGUCUCUCUCGGACAGUUCCCUUGAGGACCCCGUCAGCCCGGCGUCGCCCCCGAGUCCGCUGUACCGGCCGGCGCUGUCCAAGAGGACGCUCCUCACCAGAAACACCUCUUUAGAUCUUCUAGUCUUCAAGAAUAACUGCCACAAGAAAAAGAUUUUCGACGCCAUUGCAGUUGCGAGCAUCGUGACCAACUGCGCUGGGCUUGAUAGUUCCAAAAGCCAGGUCAUCACAAUGCAAGAGCUACGCAGGUUCCUUGAGGAACACCAAGGAGAAUAUCGUUCAGAUGAAGAACUUCGAAGUCUUCUCGACCGCCAUGAACCUGAUCCAACGCUCAGAUCUCAAGAACUCUUGUCGUUUGAGGGGUUUGCCAGAUUCAUGAUGGACGAGGACAACUAUGCCUUCCUGGACGAGCGCUCCGUGCCGGACGAGAACGACAUGACGCUGCCCCUGUCCAACUACUACAUCGCCUCCUCACACAACACCUACCUGACGGGGCACCAGCUGAAGGGGGAGUCCUCGGUUGAGCUGUAUAGCCAGUUUGUCCAGAACAAGAAACUCGUGGCGGACAUCGGCCCUGGACUGAGCGUGAGGGGCCUUUCCAACAAGCCGAGUGGCCGCACGAACUCCCUGGUGAGCAACGCGUCGACGGGGUCCCUGAAUGAGGCGGAGACCGAUGAUGAGGAUGAUGACGAGGACUACGAUGAUGAAGACCACAACCCCUUCGACGUGACCCACCCGGACAGCCUGUUCGAAGACGAGAAACACUGCCUAGUAAUUAAGAGCGUGUCGAUGGGCACGCGCACGGAGUCCCUGUCCAGCGCCGAGGGGAACCGCCUGCGGCCCAAGUCUCAGAGCGACGAAAACCUGAUUGACGACGACACUCCGGUCCCGAAGGUGAAGAAGCAGAGCAGCCAAAUCGCCAAGGAGUUGUCCGACCUCGUCAACUACUGCCAGGCCGUCAAGUUCCACGGUUUCAACCUCGCCAGCCCACGGGAGUCGGUCAAAGCCAAGAAGAUCGGCGGGCGGAAGAGCACCGUGCAGCCGCCCAUCAUCACGAACACGCCCAUUUUGGUCCACACGCAGAUGGCCUCGGACCCCAGCCGCCUGGAGCCGAUCCUGCAGCCGCCCAUCCUGAAGAGGCCGAUGGGCGUGCAUCCCUGUUACCAGUGCUCUUCGCUGAACGAGAACCACGCCAAGCGACUGUGCCGACGCCAGCCGCUGGACGUCAUACAGCACACGGAGACACAACUGAUGCGCACGUACCCGGCGGCCAUGCGCAUCGAUUCGUCCAAUUUCAACCCUCUGUACUUCUGGGCCUUUGGUAUCCAAAUGGCUGCGCUGAACUAUCAGACGGAUGACACGUACUUGCAUCUGAACUAUGCGAUGUUUGAGCAGAACGGGAGGUGCGGGUACGUGCUCAAGCCGAGGGUGAUGUGGGACUACAACCAUAUGAUGUAUAGAAGAUUCAAUCCUUUCGACAAGGAGUUCGAUGGCCUCCACGUGUUGAAUCUCAAGGUGUCUGUGAUAUCAGGACAGUAUGUUUGUGCAAAUAAUUCCAGGGGAUACCACAACCCCUUCGACGUGACCCACCCGGACAGCCUGUUCGAAGACGAGAAACACUGCCUAGUAAUUAAGAGCGUGUCGAUGGGCACGCGCACGGAGUCCCUGUCCAGCGCCGAGGGGAACCGCCUGCGGCCCAAGUCUCAGAGCGACGAAAACCUGAUUGACGACGACACUCCGGUCCCGAAGGUGAAGAAGCAGAGCAGCCAAAUCGCCAAGGAGUUGUCCGACCUCGUCAACUACUGCCAGGCCGUCAAGUUCCACGGUUUCAACCUCGCCAGCCCACGGGAGUCGGUCAAAGCCAAGAAGAUCGGCGGGCGGAAGAGCACCGUGCAGCCGCCCAUCAUCACGAACACGCCCAUUUUGGUCCACACGCAGAUGGCCUCGGACCCCAGCCGCCUGGAGCCGAUCCUGCAGCCGCCCAUCCUGAAGAGGCCGAUGGGCGUGCAUCCCUGUUACCAGUGCUCUUCGCUGAACGAGAACCACGCCAAGCGACUGUGCCGACGCCAGCCGCUGGACGUCAUACAGCACACGGAGACACAGCUGAUGCGCACGUACCCGGCGGCCAUGCGCAUCGAUUCGUCCAAUUUCAACCCUCUGUACUUCUGGGCCUUUGGUAUCCAAAUGGCUGCGCUGAACUAUCAGACGGAUGACACGUACUUGCAUCUGAACUAUGCGAUGUUUGAGCAGAACGGGAGGUGCGGGUACGUGCUCAAGCCGAGGGUGAUGUGGGACUACAACCAUAUGAUGUAUAGAAGAUUCAAUCCUUUCGACAAGGAGUUCGAUGGCCUCCACGUGUUGAAUCUCAAGGUGUCUGUGAUAUCAGGACAGUAUGUUUGUGCAAAUAAUUUCCAGGGGAGUCCACAGGUUGAGGUCGAGAUUCUUGGCAUUCUCGUUGAUUGUAAUAAAUUCAAAACCAAGGUGAUUCAUAGGAACUCUUUCAAUCCCAUUUGGAACGAUACGUUUAAUAUAAGGGUGAUGUUCAAAGACCUGGCCUUCCUGCGCCUCACGGUAACCGACACGGCGACGGGGCACACGACGGCGCAGCGCAUCCUGCCGCUGGGGCGCCUGAGGCGAGGCUACCGCCACGUGCGCCUCCGCAACCAGCAGAACCAGCCGCUCCCGGUGUCCACUCUUUUCAUCUACACGCUGAUGGAGGAGGAGGAGUACGAGAUCCAGCAGCUGUCGCCGAGGAUGGACCUGAGCACCGACUCGGCGAAGGUGAAGGAGUCCGACGUGGAGCAUCACGAAAUCACGCCCACGGUGCCCCUCAAGAGGAGAAAGUUCUUCGUGAAGAUCCACGGCGUUGUCCCCGACGAGCCCUACACGGUGAUCAGCGCGACCCAAGAGUGCACAACAAGGGAUGUCAUUAGCAAGGCUGUGGCGAGAAUAGGCAAGGGCGCUCGCCUGGAGGACUACAUCCUGAUCGAGGAGGUGGCCAAGGGCUGGCAGAGGAAGGGGGACAACCCGACCACGCAGCGCAUCCUGGACAUCAACGAGCGCCCUCUGGAGGCUCAGGCGCACUGGCAGGGCGAAGGGAAGUUCGUCCUGAAGAAGACCUCGGACGACCCGAGCACAAGGGCCUGGCUGACCACCAUCAUGAGCACGGCCUCGAAGGAGAAGAGGAAGAGGAACACGGAAGGAGACAUGUCCGAGGAGGCGAAGGGGUGGGAGGAGGAGGACAAUUUCCUGGUGUGCGUGUACAACGUGUCGGCUCAGAUCCCCUACACGAUCCUGAAGGCGCCGACAUCAAGCACCGCGCAGGACAUCUUGGCCCAGGCGCUGGUCAAGGCGCGCCGCAUGGAGGACCCUGCUCGUUUCGUGCUGGUCGAGGAGCUGGAGUACGGCCAGCUCACGGAGCUCACCGGAAGCACCACGAGCCGCCGGAAGCCGCGCAUCGAGCGGAGGGCGCUGCCGGACUCGGAAAACAUCUACAAAGUUCAAGCCGCCUGGAAGACGCUGGGGAAGCUGGUGUUGCGGGAACGAGGUGCUGCCCUGGACGGAACCUUCAGCCGGGCCACAGCCGCUGCCUCGGCGCUGAGCUCGACGCUGUCCACCGCCAUCAGCCGCGUCAGCCGCUCCAGGCACUACGAGCGGCGGCCCGUCAAGGAGACGUACAGCGACCCGAGCGCCCUCGCCGCCGCCCACGAGAACUUCCCCGACCGCAGGUUCAAGAGCCUGCACGACACGUGGCGGGCGGGGGGCGGGCCAAGCGGCGCCCACUCCGAGGGCGAAAUCCUCUCGGACGAGGAGCACCCGCCAUCCGAUCUCAGAGCCGCUGUUCACAAGCUAAAGAAAGUGUCUCUCAAGAAGCUGCAGAAAGUAUGGAGAUAAGUUCAGACCCGAAUGUAUCUUAACUGCAUUCGUCACAUAUUAAUUAUCCUGAAGAUAAUUUAGGGGAAAGAAUUACGGUAGAGGUGUAAGUCUUAUCCUGCUUGGUUUUAAGAAAUGACCUAAAGACAUCUUUCGGUUUUGCUUUUAGAAGAAAGAAUGAACUCGACUAUUUUUCCAUUAUUACGAUCUCAGACUCCGGGAAGUUGAGGUUGCUUCCGAGCCCAUGAGCACGCGCUGGGCACCGAAGUGUCCCCAUACCAAAGAUUAUUGUGGUUACACCAUUAAUUAAGCUCAGGCACUGAAUCAUGUUCAUGUAAAUAAAGACGGUUGAGCGAAAACAGUCUUCAGGCGGCGCUGACCCAGUGAAAAAAGCAACAAGGUGUUCGUUUCCGUUGGCAGAGUCGUGGAGUACCUGUUUGUCUUCACAGUGAACUCAAGUGACUUAAAAUACCCGCAGUGUGAAGGAGACUUUCACUCAUUGUAGAUAAUGUUCAGUGAGAUGAAGCCAUCCAGUGUUUUUAAUCUUACACUUUUAUAUCACUCUUAAAUCACAGUGGACUCAAUGGCUGGAGUUAAAAGACUAAUAUAACACGCAGUUUUCUCCCGAGUACAAAGGGAGUUGUUAUUGUGAUUGUGAUGUUGGUAAUGUGUUGGUAUCAGUGUCAUGAAAGAACGGGUUAAGAUGGCCUUACUACAAGGUUUAGAUUUCCGUGUAAAUACUUGUAAAUACGACUUUAAAAGUAAUUAUAAACUAUGUAUAUUGCCCUUUCAAAUGAAAUAUUUUGCAUAAAUACCUCUUCUAUGUCAGUGAUCAUAAAUCAUAUCCAUGUUGUAGUUGAUGUGUUGUAGAUGAUGAUGUGUUCCAAAGGUUUGUAGAUAAUGAGAUAAGGUGGUUCAGCAGAUAGCGAUCUGGACAGUUCUAUUGAAAUAUAUAUUUUUUUGUGCAUAUCAUAUAUUACUAAGUAAAAGAUUAUGCAAAAAAUAAGGCUUAGUCACCCUCCCGAUCCUAUUCAGAAUUAUUAAGUGUUUUCCCAUUGUAAAACUCAAAUAGCGGUAAUCCUGAUAACUACACAACAGUGUUACUGACCACUUUUUAUUACAGUAAGGUGUGUUUGUCUCUUAUAUGAAGAUGAAGUUCUACAUGCUUACCUAUUUAAAGAUUCUUUAAAUAUAUUCUGUAAAGAUUGGCAGCAGAAAUGAACAUGACAGUAUAUUUAUUAUUUGCAAAUUAUUUGCUUUUUUGCAAUUUUAAGGUAUACCUAUUUAUUGUAAAUCAUUAUCAUUAUGAAAUUAAGUUAAUUAUAUAAAGCCUGCAUAUUGUAAGUACAUAGAUAUUUUGUGUUUACCAGAUGUCAUAUAUCUAACCACAGUAGGGCUCCGUGCUCUAUCUUACCUUUCUUUUUGAAAGAGCAAUCUGGUAAUGUAAUUCUGGCAUUUACCACAACUUUAGUCAUCAAAUGCGGCCAUGAGAACACCCACAUCAAAGAAACAGCCCUUGCAGUAAGGGGAGCUCAUUCAGUUCCAGUGGCUCCGUCAGCUGAAGUUGUGGUGAAUGAGAUUGUAAUUAAAGUUAUAGAUGUUAUUUACAGCGUCUACUGGGGAGUUUAGUGAGGAGAAGUUCCGCGAGGACGAGUUCCGUUCGAAAGUUUUAAUUUCAGAUCAAUCAUGCUUCUUGAAAUUGUGCAUACAGAAUAUAACCACUUGGAAUUUGUUACAGUAUUAUUGCUACUUUAAAACACAAUUCAUAUUAACAUGAUAUCCUUCUUCUCUGGUGGUUUGCAGCCCUACUGUAUUUUCUCCACGGUCUUGCAAAUUGCAGUCUUAUGAUUAAAUCAGUUUUGAAUACUUCUAGCAUCUCCUGUGGGUCCUUUCUUGAGGGACUGGCAGCCAAGAUUACCUCACCUUUUCUUCACAGUCCAUCCUAAUUCUUAGCCAAACUGAGGUACGGCUACGUCUGCUACAGUAUCUAAUUGAUGAUUCUGUGCUACACCUUCUCAGCACUAAUCUUGCAAGACAGUUGCUGAUCAUCCAUAUACGUUGUUUAUGUGGCGUGAAAUCAGAACUUAUUAGCAUGUGAAGUAAAAAGAUCUGGCUUGGUCGUGUAGAAGUAAACAAAGUAUUUUUGAUAACUAUACUAUUUUUUUAAGAUGACAGCUUACUGGAUUUGCAUUUAUCAAACUUUUUUAACAAUUUAUUUGAAUUAACUUGUCUUCCUACAAAGUUUUGCCAAUUUAUGAAUACCAAGUUUUCAUAUUCAUUCAUUUAUGUAAUUCCCAAUACAUAAUUUAUUCCAAAGUACAGGUGUUGUUAUGAAUACUCAAUAGGUAAUUUUCGAGAAACAACUGCAAAACUUAAUCUAAUUUUUUUAGUUGAAAAUAACUGGUGUUCAUGUCUUUACAUUCUUUUGAGUAGCUUUAAAAAAAAAACAAAAAUAAUAUUAAUCACAGAAAAAAAUGCUUUUAUUAUAUUAUAAAUGUCUUAUAAGGAAAAAAAUAUAUAUUAAUGAUUAUUAAUAUCUCUACACAAUAAAAGAAUCCAUUUGCGUAACAUCCCACUCCAUUUUGCAGAUCAAAAUACGCAUAUCAUGGUACCCAAGAAAAGAUUUUUAAAAAGUGUAUGACCAUUUACAUUUCAAAUCUUAAAUCAGUUUUACAGCCUUUUGACAAUCACAGUAAAGUCAUCUAUUUAAGUGUUCUAAACAUAGUCAUAAGUGUAUUUAGUUAGCAAAGGAAGAUUCAAUUAUAGGUUGGACUAAUGGCUAAAUUUGUAGAUAUACAGCUAACUGAAUAAAUCUACUCUGUGCACAUACUUACUUGGUGAACUGAGUACUAAAUGUGAGGAUUUUUCAACUAGGUAUCUUAUCAUGAGAGCAUACCUUAGAAAAGUAAAAAUAAAUAGGCACAAUGUUGUUAAUUUUGAAGUUAACAUACGCCUCAAUUUAUUUGUGUUACUCUGUCAUAGAAAUACACUGUUGGUCAGUCAGCCUCUCUCUAACUAUAUAAUAAUGGUGUAUACAUUUAAGUACUGUUUAUGAUGGCCAUUGUUGACUAGUCUAAAUUACUUGUUUCAACUGUGACACUGCUAGUCAAUCUAAUUUUCACUUUCCAAAAAAAUGAAUACAAUCCUGUGGUCAUUUCAUUAUCAUCAGUUGACAUUUAGGUGUCACAUAAGAACUUUAACCUUUUGCUUUGUACAGCAAAUCAAAUUCUGUUCAUAUGGCCAGAUUACACAAAUUCAACAGCAAAUUACCAAUUAUACCAUACUACAGUAUGCUGUAUGUAUGAUUUCAGGGUAAUGUUCACCAAGUAAUUAGUGUAACUGAAUUGCAUACAAAAUCCAUAUCAGCCUACUUCAAUCACCAAUUGACACUCAGUAUACUACAGAUAUCAACACAUCAAGUAAAGUGACUUAUGAAGUAUUGUAUAUGAAAAUGCAACAUGUGAUUAAGAAUUGUAAUUCUUUUGUGUUCUACAUACAUGUCCUAUUACGGUAUCAGUCAGCUUUUCUCUUUGAACGUUGCAGUGCAAUGUCUUUAAUCGGGGAGUGCUAUGUUUUCUGUUAAGCUUUAAGAAAGUAUUCAAGACAAACCAAAUUAAAUCAAUAGGAUCAUGUAUAGAUAUCCAAUAACUGUGUCUUUUUGCAGUACCCAUUUCAGUCUCUUACACAAAUACUAAAAAUGAAACUGGAAUAUGGACAUCCUAUUAAAAAGGACAAUGAAUAGAUACAGUUCACACAGCACAGAAAAAAAAAUAUAUGAUAAAAUGUUCAUAUUUAGUUGUCUGAAAAGUAAAUCUAUUACUUUGAUUGUGAAGUAGAUUUUCUUUUUAUUUUCACAAAAAAGCAGUACUGUAAGAUGGAUGAAUUUUUAUGUUGGUCAGGCUUGUGAUAUCAUAUUUCUUCCAUUAACUGGAUGAGUGUUCGUACUUUGGCAUAUCAAUAAAUAAAAUGCUGCUACAGUGUAAUGCAUCAGAUAUCAAAGGUAUUCCAUUAAAUGUAAUUUUGACUGUGCCAUAUUCUUGAGGUGUUUCAUUCUGUAACAUACCAAAUACUUUUAAAAAUCUUAUGAAAAGUAUUUCCCCUUUUUUUCUAGCCAAAACACCUGAAUGUAUAUAGAAAUGCACAUCUCUAUAUGUAUUCCUUUAUGUAAAUGAGUAUUUAUGUGUUCCCCUUCUUUAUUAUUGUUUGUAUGUUCAUUAUUGUGUGAAAGGUUUAGGAUUUAAUCGUUUUCUAGGCCAUGGUGCAUGUAACACUUUUUGAUAUCAGUCAUUCAGAACAAGCCACACUGUAGACAGGCUUUCAUCUCAAGUAUUUAUGCAUGUUGUCAAACGACACAAAAAUGAAUACUUAUAUUCACAAUGGUAUAUAAAUGUGAUUGGUUUAUUUGUAUCUGUGGUGUUGAUACUGUUACUGCUUUGUUUUGUGAAUAUUUUGAAUUCUAAUUCCCAAUUCAAUUCCUUGUUGUUGUUAUUUGUUGUGUAAGGAUUACUUCUAAAAUGGCUGAGUAAGUGUUUUCUACUUUUGAUAUUUAGAUAACUUCUUACCCAUUGCCAACGGCCUAUAUUGAGGGCUGGCGAUCGCUACGUCGGUACUUGAAACUUCUUACAGUGAAAAUAUUGAGUAUGUUGGUUGUAUGUGUAGAUCACUUUAUGUAGAAAUAAAUCUAUUAUCUUGAAAUGAA